UCGACGGUCGUAGUAUUGGUCCAAAAAAGGAGUUGUGUUCCAACAUGGACAUUAAACUAAGCUAGCAUAAGGUACCGGUAUAACACGAGCUACUUACUACUAAUACUUAUAUCCAAUCGCUCAGCAUCAAUUCACUCUCUUGUCCUCAAACAAUUUCAUUGUAGCAAUAUGACCAUGGCUCGCUGUACUCGCUGCUAACAUUCUCAUUUACCUUCAAAUCUAAAAUGAAAAAAACAAUUGACAGUGUUUGUUUGAAGACUGAGGUGAAAGCCGCUGCAGCCUCGAAUUUGUUUGCAACCACCAACCUUGAAAUUCUCGCAAAUUCCCUUUCAAAUCCUUCUUCUCAUCUUUCUCUAAUCUCUCUCUCUCUCUCUCUCUCUCUCUCUUUAUCUAUCUUUCUCGUCUCCCAGCAUCCUUUUUGUGACACCUCAGGAACUCAGACUCACCAUUGGUUCAAGUAGCUCAAGAUGACAACAAAUCUAGAAGAUACAGGAAAACCCGCCCUUGUUCCUAUCCCAGCCCCGAAGAAGAAGAAGAGAGGUAAACGCCCAAAAAGCAAGAAAGGAAAGCCAACCGGCUUUGAAGAGUACUAUGUGGAUGCUCCGAUCACCGCUGAAGAACACGAGUUCGAACUCGAUCUUUACCAUGUCUCCCGACCCAUCACUCACCGCCUCGAAAAUGGCAUUCUGCGAUUCAGCAAGAACCGACGAAUGGAACCCGAUAGAUUGGAGGUUUUUAACAAGUAUCUCCAAUACGGAGGCAUUGAUGUCAGCCCUAAGAUGUUUGCGGGAGUGGACGAACGUGGCAUGAAGGAGAUGGACAAGGAAGAUAUCCUUCUGGCGAGAGGCAACACAUCAAUCAAUCAGGGUCAUUCUAAACUGAUGAUUGAUUUCAAUGCGGUGGUGAAAGGAUACCUGACCUCGUAUUUCCCUUUUUACUUCAACCCUUUUACUGAGGACAUGAUCAAACUCGCUACCGUCACCAUCCGGAGCUUCCUGUCAUACCUUCUCUAUCAUGAUGUCUGCCCAGAAUACAGAGAGAACAUCGAAGAAGCAAGGAAGUCGUGUGAUGUCGCUACCGGCGAGCUCUGGAAGAACCAGCAGCUCACUGCCGAAGGAACAGAUGACUUCAACAAGGCCUGCUCAAUCCUGUUCGGUGGGUUCGAACAGGAGCUAUACAUUGAGGAUAAUCAGUGGAAAAGCCCGCAGGAUGGCAAGGUCCAUAUGACCAGACAGAUCGCCCAGAAGGUCGUGAGGUUUGGUUUAGGUGUUGCCGGGACAGACGAUGUUGCUUCUACAUUUCAACAUAAGGCCGUCUCAGGUACACUCACAGCAAAGAAGCUGCAAGACAUCCACGGCUUCGAAGUAACUGGAGUCCAUUUUCUCGAUAAUAACGCACAGCAGUUCUACCAAGACCAAGCACCUGACCUUCACCCAGUUGGAAUUCUAUAUGGUAGAACCUAUUACGACCCGGCUGAGCCGGAGUAUGACCUUUCUCCAGAGGAGCGGGAAGCAUGGGCAAAGAAUGGUCUUCCGGUUCAGAAAUUCACGUUUUUUCUGGAAGAGCGCCUUCUCAAACACUGCUAUCCCGGAAUGAAAAUCAUCGCCAAUGUCUGGGAACUCAACUGCGGGUUCCACUAUUUCGAAGAGGUUAUCAGGGCCUACGGCUCUAUCUACACGCCCCUUGCCAAUGAAUUGAUGAUGGGCUGGAAGAAACCACGAUCCCUCCCUGCAAAGAAAGAUCAGGUAGAAAGUGAGGCCGAGUGAAAGCAAAGCUUAGGAGGCACUACGGAAAGCCAUUAGGAUGUUCUCAUAAGAUAGAUUUAUUAGUCUGUCACUACAUCUGUUGCCGUUGUUGCCCCCUUACGCUUUCAGAAGCAACUUUCCGGUUGUCUUUCGUCCUUCUAGGUCGAUAUGCGCUUGCGCGACCUGAUCCAAAGGAUACACGUUGUG